AUGAAUGACCAGGGUAACGAGAAGGUUGGGGUAACUGAGAGGAACACAGGGGAAAAUGAAAUUAAGCAUAAAGAUGAUAGCACAUUGGAAAUAUGUGAACGAAAAGAAAGACAAGACAAGAAAAAGACCUCACCACCCGAUGAUCUAUCGCCACCCAUGAAGGCACUGCCAGACACCGUUCUACUCAAAGUCUUCUCCUAUUUACCCGAAGAACAAGUUUGCAAGGUGGCAAGUGUGUGCGAAGCUUGGAAACGCGUAGCUUAUGACAGCUCGUUAUGGGAGAGCGUAGAUCUACGGCGUUUCCAUACUACACUAGACGAGAUCCGACUCACUCGACUAAUACGAUCGCGUAUGAUCCCGCUCUUACAGAAACUGAACCUCGGUGGAUUGAGCCUGUCACCUAGAGUCUUUCAGAUUCUCACUAAGGACUGUCCGAAGCUCAAGGUACUCUGCUUGGAAUCAGUGACGUUCCUUGAAAAUUUCAACGCCACCGAGAACUGCUUUCCCAAUGGACUAUCGACUUUAGAUCUGCGCCACAGCUCAGGGGAUGAGAGCGCGUUUCAGGUAAUCGCACAAAACGUGCGACAAGUGGAGAAUCUUGGACUGAGUGAUCAUUGUAUUACGAGCUUGAUCGUAUCUAACGAUUUAGAUGCGGUGUUUCCACGACUGUCAAACGUAAGAGUCCUCGAAUUCAGUUACUGUGUUGCACUUACUGAUACGAUGAUAAGUGACAUAGCACUUUACAGCAAAUCACUUCGCUCUCUUUGCCUCAGAAGGUGCAACACAUUUCAGGGCGCUUCUCUUGCACUUUUGAUCGCGUCGUGUCCUCUCCUAACAUCACUAGUUCUUGAUGGCACUUGUGUGAAUGACAGCGCGCUAAGAGCUGUAGAUUGGGAGAAUUCGGCGCUGACGGAAGUCGACCUGUCUUGGUGCCGACAUUUAAGUUCCGAGGGGCUUAAAGCAAUGUUACCUCACUUAUCAAAGCUACGCUAUUUAAGACUUUGUUGUGUUGGCUAUGGUCAUGCUGUAACUGACGACCUACUCUAUGUCAUGUCCGCAACAAGAAACCAAACCCUUGAGAUUUUAGACAUGAGUUACAGUGGCUCGGUUACCGACACGGCUCUGGGAUACUUUGCUAUCGAACACGAAGCAUUGCUCUAUCUUCGAAUGCAUCACUGUAGAUUGAUCACACCGAAGAUCAUGGACCUUAUUCCUCAAGACUCGCAAGUUUUCAUAGUUGCGAACUUUCCUAUCGACAACGAAGGGAUGGUGCUGAAUAGUGAACUGCUUAACAGAUAUACAUACUGGCCAACGCCAAUAUACAUGAGGGACUGGAGUCUUGAUCAACGGAUGGGAUGGCGAUAG